CAAACUUCACACGAUCCGAGCACGACGUACAUCGCAGCGGCCACGCGCGUCUCCGUCGCCGUCGAGAUAUUAUAUAAGUCGUCGUCGCGCGGACACAUUUUACUAUAUAAUAUCAAUAAUUAAUAAACGUCGUUGAUUACACGCGUGACGUGUCGGCGAUUCGCAUUUAUUUGUUUUCGUUUUUCCGUCCGUUUUCCGAUUGCGUCUCCGAAGAGACCGAACGAGAUACUCACCCGCGUCCGAGGAGUAGCGACUACACGAAUGCUCCAAGUCGUGUACGCCAGACCACUAUUAAAACCGGGUUCGCUUUUUUAAAUUGCCCUUAAACGAAGUUUAUUUAAUAUAAUAUUAUUAGGUCCUAUAAUUCAGUUCGUCGUCGCCGCUUCAAUUGUAGACAAUCAACAGAAAUUAACUGUCCCUCCACCGCCACCGCCACCACCGCUCACGGACCGCCGCCGCCGCCGCCGCCGUCUCUCAUCAUCGCGACGCGUGCGUGUGCGUGUGGACACAAAAUCUGUGGUGAUAACCAAAAUUAUAUAAACAACGUAUACGCUGAGUUCAAUUAUAAUCACCACUGAAGAGUUUUUACUUGACACCAUGGACGAGGGUGCGUUUGACGAGUCGAUGAUGUUCAACGAAUACCAUCACCAGACCAAGCCCGGGUCACCGCCCGCACACCACCAGCACCAGCCGCUGUUGGCGUUCCAGCAGCCUGGCGAUAUGAUGGGAUACGCAUUGCCCGUGCCCGACCACAUGGACUUGCAACACCAUCACCACCACCAUCACCAUCAGCUCCAGGACAUGGACAUGCACCGGCACCACCACAGCGUUCAGGACCAAAUGCAGCAACAGCAGCAGCAACAAGAUAGACAGGUACAGAUUGGCGAUCCGCAGGACUUGUUUCAGAUGCCGGUCACGUCCACCGUUCAGGUGCAGCCGACCGAUAUUGUCGUCAACACCAACGGACAGAAGCACGCCAUCAAGUUGGAAAUGGAUUCGAACCCGUUGCCAGCCACCGGUCAACAGCCUUCAGGACUACCGGCCGAACCACCAGUGCCAAAGAAAUCAAGUUCAAAAUCGAAAAAUACAGAUAACAACGGCACAAAAAAGAAAAAAACAAGGACAACGUUCACGUCUCAUCAAUUGGAAGAGUUAGAACGAGCGUUUGAAAGAGCUCCGUAUCCAGACGUGUUCGCCAGAGAAGAAUUAGCUUUGAAUCUUAAGCUUAGUGAGUCUCGAGUACAAGUAUGGUUCCAAAACCGGAGGGCUAAGUGGCGAAAGAGAGAACCACCCAGGAAAACUGUUUACCUGACUAAUUCCGUUUUCCCAUCCGGCUCUCCGGGGUCUUCAGUGAGCUCAACAUCGUUCACCACACUGACAACGUUCGGUGGUAACGUAUCGCCGUCGUUGGGCACAUGUUCGCCGGUCACACUCAGCGGAUCGGAGCCUUGGGGCUACGGUGCCGCCGGUUACGGGGAUCUUGCGCACCUGAACUUGCUCAAUAGCAACGGGUCGUCGCCAUUCACGCAGAACGCGUUUCACGGCAGCGGCGGCAAUAAUAACAACAAUAACUUUGGUGGCACACCGUACGCCGUCCAGCCGCAAGAUAGCCCGGGACUAUUUUCGGCCAGCAUGCAAUGCCUAGCCCGGCAGGAUAUGAUGGGCCCGCUUGACCAGUCACCGCCUGAUCGCGAUUAUCACGGACAUCAGCUCAAUAAGCACGUGGUCGACUCGUACGUGAUGAGCCAGGACAUGGCAGGACUCCUACAGCCGGACACCGAGUGUGAUAUCGUUGGGACCAUGGGAUACGAAGUCCAGGAUCACCAGCAGCAUCAGCAUCAACAGCAACAGCAGCAGCAGCAGCAGCAGCAACAACAGCAGAUAGAAGAAGAUGGAGAAGAGGAAACCACGAUAAAAGUGGAGCCACCGUUCACGCCACUUCCGCCUUUCAUCAACUGACACAGGAGGUUUCAGUUUGACACGUACGAGUAUCAAACUGAAUUUGAAUGAAUCCAACACGUUUUAUUUUAAAUCGAUAAUAAAUAAAUAAGUGUAUGUUCUAUGCGCUAUGUUUAAGUUCAAUACCGUCUCUCAGUAGAAAGGUACGAGAUGUCAUUCGUGGUUGGAAUAUUUUAAUGAUGAAUAAUAAUUAAUAGACAAUUGUCGUGAUUUCGUACGAAUCACUAUCAUUGAUAAUUAUGUGAAUAGCACGUUCGCAGAACCGAGCUUUUAAAAAGAUCGAGAAUCUAGAAAUCGCGAUAUUUAUAAAGCAAAAAAUAAUUAUAUUUUUUAUGUAAAUACAGGUAAUUUUAUUUAUUUAUUUUUAUUCCUAAUUUCUGUAGGUACAUUUAUUAUUAAAGAAAUUAUUUAUUUUUGUGUCAUUUAUUAUGUACAUUUCAUUUGGGAUUGUAAUCGUUCAAUAUUACUCGUCCAAAGGAAACUAAUAAUUUAUUAUGUAUAUAGGUAUAGAUAUAAAACUAUAAAAUAUAGAUUAUAAAAUUAUACAUGUAUAAUAUUAUUAUAUUGUGUUUAAGAAACUGUCAUGUACAACAAAAUCGCAUUAUUCUUCCAUAACGAUUAGGUGUAUAUAGUAGAUAUUAUAUUAUAUUAUUAUUGUUUGAACUUCGAUUAUUCGAAAACUUGUGUAUUCUAAUUGUGCCUUAUUUGCUUGUAUUUUAUGUAACUUAAACAAACUACGUAUACUAUAUACUUUUA